AUGUGCUGGUUUCUUUACAUGUUAUUGCUGAGACGUUCGGGCAGUAUGUUGACAAGCCGUAGGACGACGGAUGCCCCUAAGCUCGCACCAGAACAUCCACUGCGGGUCGCCUUCCAACUUUAUGCAAAAUGGGCUGCAAGCCAUGUCAAAAUUGUCCUGCCGUCUUCGACGGCCUUGAUUUUCAUGUUUUUGUAUAUUUUCCCCUUCCUCUACACCACCGAUGUCACCAACAUUACCAGCGGCGUGUCCAACCUCCCACACCAUGUGUGGACUGACGCUCAGCCUCUUGAGUUGGACGUUGAGCCUGAUGUGAUAAUGCGCUCAAUUUGGGUCCACGGGAGCUAUAUGAAGGCUCUCGAGAAAGAUGUCUUACUGGGCGCACUCGAACUUCAGGAUGAGCUUUUGGGACCGACCACCAAUUUCAACCCCCGCCAACCAGCAAACAGGCCCGAGAUAUCCGAGCCCGAAGUCGCCGAUGGUGACCUGACUCCCGGCCAGCGAGAUGCCUAUCAUAUCAUCAACGGCCUCACCAACCAGUCGUGGUUCUUUCACUCGCCACUCCAGUAUUGGGCCGGCUCAGCAGGUAAUAUCCAAAACGACCAGGACAUUCUCGAGACGGUCAAUGCCAGGAAAACUCAGUCGACGUCUGUCAAUGUCACCCUGCGACACUCGAUUGUGUUCAGCGGCAAGCGGUUCGAAGAGCGCCGUCUCGUCGCUGCCGAUGCCCUGGUCAUCACUCUGAUUCACCUCCGGGACUCGCCGGUUGGCCGACGAUGGGUGAGAAGAGCUGAGGAGCUGGCAAAUGAGCGCAGCGAUACGUGGAAAAUCAUCCCUUCGGACGGCAGGAGCCUUUCGGAUCAGCUGUAUGAGUUUCAGUUUCGACCCUUGUCGUGGCCUGAUGUGGGACUUUUGACGGUGGCCUAUUCCAUCUCGCUGUUCUACCUGUUGCUUCAUCUCAGGAAGCUUCGCGCCCUCAAAUCCAAGCUAGGGCUCAUGGUCUCGAUACUCGUUCAGAUCACCGCGUCCAUCGUGUCGAGCUUCACGGUUUGCGCCAUAUUCAAGAUUGAUCUUUCUCGGGUGCCUUCGUACGCCUACCCGCUGGUGGUUCUUGCCAUCAGUCUGGAGAACUCGUUGCGGCUGAUCAACGCCGUCAUUAUGACGUCCUCCACCAUCAGCAACAGUGACAGGAUAGGGGAGGCCUUCGGAGAGACAGCACACAUCGCCAUCGCCAACCGAGUGCAAAACCUGCUGAUAUUGUUGGGUUUAUCACGGUAUUCGAACCCGGGUGUUGCCGCCUUUUGCACCUUUGUUGCGAUUGCGACCGUGUUUGACUUCAUCUACCUGUCAACAUUUUUGCUGUCUGUCCUCAGCGUCGAUGUCAGGCAAAGGGAACUGCUCGAGUUGGAGAAGGCCUUCUUGUCGCGCACCAAGUCUUCCGAAAAAGACAAAAACAAGUCAGCCUGGAUGGAACUGGUCAGCCAACUCCGUGUUGGCGAAACCGCAGUGUCGACGAGGAUUGCCGGAACCAUUGUCGUCAUCUGCUUUGUGCUCACGGCACAGUCUCACUAUGCGACAGAAGGCAACCGGCAGUGGCUGAGCCAACUCUUCAGCUUGCCAUGGAACAGGACCGUUAGAAGCGCUCCGAAGCCGCCGUUGCUGAUUGAUAUUCACCAGGCCAGAAGCCCGACCUCAUGGCUCCGCCUUCAAGACCACGAGACGGCUCGGGAAGUUAUCAACGUCGUCAAGCCAUGGGCUCACAGCUACGUGGCUCGCGUGUACGAUCCCAUCAUUUUCGUCUUGAAGGGCUCCGACCGCGUCCCUCGCACCCGAGAGCCCAUGUUUCUACCUGCCGUGUACGACUUUUUGCAUCACGAAGUGCCCAAUUUCGUCGUGUUAUUAAUGCUAGUGUUUGCGGCUAUACUGUUGGGUACAAAGUAUCUUCUCCGGGACGAGUAUGAAAAUUUGGGGUCGGAGCAUCCGGACGAUGAGCCGUUGAUUUCUGUCAAAUCUUUGACCAAGGGCCACAAGCUGGAUGUUGUCAUGAUGGCUGCGUCACCGGGUGGUUCGCUGGUGUCGGUUGGUCUUGAUCGCGCUAUUCAGGUUUGGGACGUGCCAAUAGGGUCCGGGCACAGGGUCGCCUCGGAUCACGAAUGCCCUUUGGAGAAUCCUUUCCCGGUGCUGAGCAUGGCCAUCGACUAUGGGUCCAAAUGGUUGGCUUUGGUGUCGUGGCAAAGGGUGUUUUUGUGGAAUCUGGAGGAACAGCAGUGGGCCGGGACGAGAGACAUUGACUUGGGCGGACAUAAGCCAGAAGCGUUGUUUUUCUGCCACAAAGGGGCGGGUACAACGCCGACGUUGGUGCUGGUGAGGAGGAACGGAAUGGGACUGGAGAUGGAACUGGAAGUCGACGAGUCGAGAGAUUUCACCAUCUGCAAAACACCACUCGUCUGGGCGGUACAGUUUCCAGAUAAAUCUCACUCAUUCAACAAUAACCACCACCCACCAAUAGCCAUCCUCACAGCCUCUCGCAAGAGCUGCGUUCACCUGGUUAGGCAGCAGGGGAACGAAUGGGUCUCGACCGAAGUCAACUUUGGCGAGCGAGAAGCCAGGGACGUCCACUGCGUCCUUCCCAUCCCGGCCUUGUCUGCGUAUUUGAUCGGGCGGUCUCGAUCAGUCGACCUCGUGGAUCUCGAGUCGUCCACCAUCCUUCGCACCUUUUCGACCGAGGUCAUGCAACCGCGGACGUUGAAGCACAUACCGCAGAUGAGGGCUCAUCAGCCAAAUCUCACGUCACUUACUUUAUCAUACGUCAGCACAAAAACGGGGGAUCUAGUCAUCCAAACUUAUCUCCCGGAAAAGGAAGACGAUAAUCUUGUAUCGUACUGCCCUUCAGAUCCGAGAAGCAGCGGCCACAGACGGCUGGGGGAGCUCACGGAGAGGAAGAGAAGGAUUCCCAACCCGGGCGUGUGGGAGGCUCUUCCGGGUGGGAAUAUUCUUGGGGUUAGAAGGAAGCAAAGCCCACCGACGACAAACCGACCACGGUCGCUCUCCAACAAU